GCCGUUCCGCGAGGCCGAAGUCCAGACUCCAGAGUGAAGAGGAAUUAUUAUCAAGGUUGGCAUUGCGCUGACCCCGGUUGUCCAGAGACGCCCCUGCUUGCUGACUCACGUAGAAACCGAAAGUAUCAAAGACCGGAGGCAGAACCUGGUUGCCCUUUUUCGUCUUCCUUCGUUUUGGAUAAAAGGAAACGAAGGAAACGAAGGAAGCAGGAAGGAGCUUGCCCCAUCUAUUCGUGGCCUCCUUCUGAAAUCAAGUUCUUAUCGGAGCAGACUUGAAAAUGACUGAUAGUCAUGAAACUGAUAAGAAUAUUGAGAUCUGGAAGGUCAAAAAAUUGAUUAAGGCACUAGAAUCUGCCAGAGGUAAUGGCACGAGCAUGAUUUCUCUUAUUAUGCCACCACGUGAUCAGAUUUCUCGAGUCACCAAAAUGCUAGGUGAUGAAUAUGGAACUGCUUCAAACAUCAAGAGUAGAGUCAAUCGACAGUCUGUGUUGGCAGCCAUUACUUCAGCUCAACAGAGGCUGAAGCUUUACAAUAAGGUACCUCCCAAUGGACUAGUUCUGUAUACUGGCACCAUUGUUACUGAGGAUGGCAAAGAGAAAAAAGUUACAAUAGAUUUUGAGCCUUUCAAGCCCAUCAAUGCAUCCCUUUAUCUCUGUGAUAACAAGUUCCAUACAGAGGCUCUCAACGAGCUUCUAGAGUCCGAUGACAAAUUUGGUUUUAUUGUUAUGGAUGGAAAUGGAACUCUGUUUGGAACAUUAAGUGGCAAUACCCGUGAGGUUCUCCAUAAAUUUACUGUUGAUCUCCCAAAGAAGCACGGAAGAGGUGGACAAUCUGCCUUGCGUUUUGCGAGGCUUCGGAUGGAGAAGCGCCACAAUUAUGUACGAAAGACAGCUGAACUUGCUACACAGUUCUUCAUUAAUCCUGCUACAAGUCAGCCAAAUGUUGCUGGAUUGAUUCUGGCUGGUUCUGCUGAUUUUAAAACAGAGUUGAGCCAGUCUGACAUGUUUGAUCCCCGUCUUCAGGCAAAGAUUCUCAAUGUUGUUGACGUUUCUUAUGGAGGAGAAAACGGUUUCAACCAGGCAAUUGAGCUAUCAGCUGAGAUCCUCUCUAAUGUAAAAUUCAUACAAGAGAAAAAACUUAUAGGGAAGUAUUUUGAGGAAAUAAGCCAAGACACCGGGAAGUACGUUUUUGGUGUGGAUGACACACUUAAGGCUCUCGAGAUGGGUGCCGUUGAGAUCCUCAUUGUUUGGGAAAAUUUAGAGGUUAACAGAUAUGUCUUGAAAAACAGUGGUAGCAAUGAAAUCAGUAUAAAGCAUUUUAAUAAGGAGCAAGAACUUGACCAAAGCAACUUCCGCGAUCCUGAUACCAACGCAGAAUUAGAGGUGCAAGAGAAGACUUCUUUGCUAGAAUGGUUUGCAAAUGAAUACAAACGUUUUGGUUGCAGCCUCGAAUUCGUCACAAAUAAGUCGCAGGAGGGCUCACAAUUCUGCCGAGGAUUUGGCGGAAUCGGCGGCAUUCUUCGCUAUCAGCUUGAUAUCAGGUCAUUUGAUGAGCUUUCAGAUGGGGAGGCAUACGAAGAUUCUGAUUAGAAAUUAACAAGUUGAUUGAUUUGAGCUUAUGAUGGCGGAUUCUUUGAGGAUGCUGCAGCCUGUAAGUUGAUAAACAGUUUUUAGUGUGAGUUUUUCUAUUAGAUUCUUGCAUCAUCUGUGUGCAACUUGUUCUAAACUUUAUGCUUUGUGAUAUAACAUUAUUCUGUUGUCAAAUGAUUUAUGAUUUUUGAAUUAGUUCAAUGAGGCAUAGUUUUCUUUGACAGUAAA